AACUGUUGGUGGUAACAACAAAAGUAAUACUGUCAAAUGUUUUGGGGGUAACAGUAAUAUUAUUAAUGAAAUGUAAUGUAAUCACACUGUUGACCGCAUGAACGUGAUAUUGAAUGUCUCUUUAUCUCCAUGGGGGAACUGGUUUGGGGACUGUAAUCUUGUUUAGUAUUUGAGAUUUAUUUGGUCAGAUAGCAAAACCACUUCCUCUAAUCCCGUCAUGCAGCAUGGUUCACAUCAAGGUGGGAGGUAUCACCUUUGUGCAGGGUGCACUCUUCAGACUGGUGUUUACACGUUUCCAUGACAACACCAGAAGUCAGCUAUGCGGUUAUAGUUGUAUACGCCGCAGAUUGUCUCUUCCCUGGAGGCCACCACGUUGGAACCACCAUGUUUCUACAGUAGCCCAGAACGGACAAACCAAACACUGGGCCUUUUAGGGGCCUUUUAUGCGAGUUUCGCGGCCACCGUAGUUUCACACACUCCACAGCCCGUCCUCAUUCCCAGAGCAGCAGCAGAGAGAAGACUAUAUAUAUUAUAUUAUAUUUAUUUCACAUUUUCUUCUUUAUGUUAAUUACAUCAUAUAUUUGAUACACAUUAUUGUAUCUUAAAUGCAUGUUUUUGACCUCAAAAUACAGCAUUUGCACAAUGGGGAAUAUAUACUGGAUUAAUCGAUAUUCUAUUGGAACUCCUGAUGUGUUUGGUGUUUUCUAUAAAUUUAAUUAAAAACACAUUUUACCAAAUUAAAGGUUCAAGAAGUUGAGAUUUAAAUAAGUUAUUGUUUUAUUUAAAAUAAUAAAUACAUUGUGUUUGUAACCUUAAAGAGUUCCAGUGUAAAAUUCCUGGAAAGGCUGCGGACAGAAAGACAGACGUUUCCAUAGAAACCCUAAAACUAACAAUUAAAGCUGAAGAUGGCUAGGGUGUGUGUUGCGCGCGCACAUGCAUCAGUUUCUACAUCAGGUGUUCUAGACCGCAGAUCUGUAUGACGUAGAGAGUCUCGAAGUUCCCAGGAUCAGGAUCAGGAUCAGGAUCAGGAUCAGAUCCCAGCCAGAGACCACUGAACCCUUGAGUAUCCAGGACCAUGGACGGUUCAGAUCCCGCUCCUGAGAAGUGCGCAGAAUCCAGGUUCCUGGAGGAGGAGACCGACCCUGCAGACACGAUGAAGCCCUCACAGGGGUCUGCUGGUCCUCCCGCCUCUGGCUGUGAGUCCACACAACCAGAGACAGGAAGUGAGAGGAAGCAGCUCCGGAUAUUUGUCACCCUGCUGACAGUCAGAGUGUUGUACAAGUGUCACUCUCUGCACAGCCGCAGUCAGGAGGACUGGCCCCCCCACCUGAAGAGACUGGUAGACCAGACCAUGGAGGGACUCGCCCCCACUGAGGGCUUCUGCCCCGACUUGAAGAGCAUCGACAGAGUCUGCGAGGCUGUGCUGAAAGAGCUGCAGGAGAAGCUCUGCGGCCGGCGGACGCUGGAGACUGUGAUACUGUUAGAGGAUCCAGCUGUGGACGCGGUCAUCGUCCAGAUGCUGCAGGCUCACAUCAGACUCUGCUCUGCGGAGCUCGCAAAGACCGCGUCCUGCAAAUCGUGGAGGGAAGUGCUCCUGAUCGCCGGUUUGGUUGCAGGUGUAUGCCUGCUGGUCGCCUUCGGUUUAAUCGGAGUCGUUUAUACAAUAAUCGGUUUUUGGGUGAUAUAAAAAUGUCAGUGUUUGAUUUUUGAUGUCUGAAAGUUUCUUUUUCAAUUAAGAUUAUCUGACACACAUGAUUUUAGUGAUUUCUUUAAUAUAAAAAAAAUCAUAUUCUGGUAAAUUUAAGGUUUCUGUAUUAGUAAAGAGUUGAAUUGUGUGCAGGGAAUCCUAAUUUAUACAGUUUUUGAUUUUGAUUUUAAAAUAAUAUAUUCCAUCUAAAAUACAGACAUGUAAUCCUGAUGGAUGUUUGGCAGAAGCAGUUUCCUCUUGAAAUAUCCCAUUUAAUCUGGAUUAAGACCCAUAAUCUCUUAUUGGUUUUUUUAGUCAACAUACACUGACAAAGAGUUUGAGUAAAAGAAAGUGUCAAAGUUG